CCAGUUACUUCCGAAGUUUCAAAGCGAGCGGUACACGGGCGGACGAUUCGCUCGAGAAGCGAAACGAGUCAGCAUUUUUAGCACGUCACGACGAGGCAAGCAAAAUCUCAAAAGAAAACACGAAAAGGCGAGGCUGUGCGUGAAACAUUGUGCAGCGUUGCGAGUGCUUCUAUUCAAAGCACCCAGUGAAAAUAUGUAAAUAAAACGUUGUAAGCGACAGAAUAAGCCCGGUUUCACAGUGCGCCACAUUCAUAUGCAAAUCGGAAUCGGUGCCGCAAACUAAGCAGCACAUAAUUUGCGAAUUAAAUCAAAACACACGUCGCUCCGUCUCGCUCUUUUGAGCCGGCAUCCUGGCAGCAACAACAAUUGCAGGACAUUAAACGGACGCCUGGUUGAACGUUACGCGACGCGAACCGUUAACCGUUACGCUUCCGCUUUACGGCUUACGUAGCUCGCGCACGGGUGUGUGUGUGUUUUGCGGACUUAACAAUUGGCAAGGGGGCGGAUGAGAAACGCGAUGCCGCCCACGUAAUGUGUGCCGAAAUUUAAAUUGCAAUCUAUGUGUACGACUGUGUACGACUGUGUGCCGGUGUGUGUGUGUGUGGAUAACGAUUAACAUAAACGUAAACAAAAGGAUUAGACGUUACGUUGUCGGGAUUACGCCAGCAGUAGUGACAGACUUUUUCCGAUAGCUCCAGCUUCCAUUCUCAGGUUGCUUCCGCCGAUCAGCCAGAGCUUAAGCUGUGUUCAUCCGCGGCUUUGUUCGUGUGACAAGCGAAACUAAUGAGCACAAAUCGGAAGCAGGAAGCAGCAGCGAAAGUAAAACUGCUUAAGUAAAUACUCGUAACUGUGAUAAGACCAAAGGAAGCACAGCGAUCACAAGUUGCGUAAUUACGAGCCAUCGUCCAGUGAUUUUGCGCGCAAUAAAUGUCAACGUGGCAACAAGGAAAGUAAUCACAACUAUUUGCUAAACCCAAGCACCCAGCAAACAAUCUCACAAAAUGGCUUACCCACGGCUUCGGAAGGCAGUUGCGCCACCAGCAACACUCCAACUUGCCCCACCAGCACAAACAGCACAAAGCCCGGCAGCAACAUUGCUGCGCAGCAGAAGAGCCUCAAGUUCAAGGCGGUCAUCGUUAAUCAGAUGUUUUAUAUCCUGCCACACGUUCAGCUUGUUCCUGCUGCUCCUCCUUCUGGCCAGCGGAGUCCGGGCUGCCAGCAAGCUGGCCACUCGGAGCAACAAAACAUCGGGCGCAUCGGCAGCAUCGGCAGCAUCCGGAGUCGGAGCCGGCACUGCGGCAACUUCGGCGGCGGCGGCGGCGGCGUCAGGAACACCCAUUUGGGAUCACGCCAUCGAUUUGAAUGAGGAUUUUCGCAUACUAUGGCAAAUCAUUAAUCAGGAUAUAACAUUUGAAAUACAGGCACGUACCCUGGGCUACGUCGGGUUCGGAUUCUCGCCCGAUGGCAAUCUGGCUGGUGCCGAUAUGGCCAUCGGCUGGGUGGACAAGGGUCAAACCUAUUUUCAGGAUCGUCACGUCACACGGAACGGAGACCCCGAGCCGGUGGUGGAUCCCUCGCAGGAUUAUAUGCUGAUGCUGGGCUACGAGAACGCGACGCACACGGUCCUCCGCUUCCGACGCAAGCUGGACACAUGCGACCCCAGCCACGACAUCGCCAUAACGAACGACACGAUGCGCCUGCUGUACAUGUACCACGCCCAGGAUCCGCCGCACGGCUCGGUGCGUCCUGGCACCCUUCCGGACCCGGCCCGCGCCUUCCGCCCCUACCGCCCCAUGGUCCUCAUGCAGCGCGCCCAGCUGCCGAUGCCCUCGCCUACGCACGACGAGCGCGUGCGAGUCCUGGAGCUGCGCAACGAGGAUGUGGAGCUGCCCGCCGGCGACCUUCCGCUCUUCUGGUGCAAGAUGUUCAAGCUGGAGGACAUCAAUCGCAAGCACCACCUGAUCCGGUACGAGCCGAUUUAUGAUUCAUCGUCCAGCGUGCACUACUUGCAGCACAUAACGCUGCACGAGUGCCAGGGUGCCCACGCGGAGCUGGAGGAGAUGGCACGCGAGCAGGGCCGCCCGUGCCUCGGAGCCCGGUCCAUUCCGCUGGCGUGCAACGCCAUCGUGGCCUCCUGGUCGCGCGGCAGCGAGGGCUUUACUUAUCCACAUGAGGCCGGCUACCCGAUCGAGUCGCGGCAGGCGAAAUAUUAUUUAAUGGAGACCCAUUACAACAAUUUGAAGCCCGACUUUGCCCAAUUGCACGCCAGACAAAUGGCGGAUAAUUCGGGUUUGAAAAUCUACUUCACGCACGUCCUGCGACCUAACGAUGCUGGCAUACUGUCAAUCGGAAUGGACCCCAACUGGCGACACAUCAUCCCGCCGGGCCAGAAGCGGGUCGUUUCCGAGGGGCAGUGCAUCGAGGACUGCACCGGCUACGCCUUCCCCCAGCAGGGCAUCAACAUAUUCGCGGUGAUGAUGCGCACCCACCAGAUCGGCAAGGAGGUCAAGUUACGCCAGAUACGCCAAACCGAGGAGCUGCCGCCAAUUGCACACGACAGCAAUAUAGAUGUUGCCUAUCAGGACUUUCGACGUCUGCCACAAUCGGUGCAUUCCAUGCCCGGGGACAGACUCAUCGCCGAAUGCAUUUAUGACAGUUCGUCACGAAAGGCAAUUACCCUGGGUGGACUCACCAUGAAGGAAGAAAGCUGCACGGUGCUGACACUCUACUAUCCACGCCAGAAGAAGCUGACAACGUGCCACUCACUGCCGAGUCUGCCCACCGUGUUGCACUCGCUUGGCAUCGAGCAACUGGCAACCGACUCAAACCCCGUGCUGAUAUCAUCGCCGCCCGAAUUGGCCGGAAUGACACUGGAGGCACGUCUGAUAUCCUACGACUGGGAGAAUCAAUUUGGCGAGUUCCAGGAGGCCACACGCAAGGGCAGCUUCAAGCCCAUUUGCUGGGGGGCCAAGAAUCAUGUGGUGCCGGGCUCCGAGUUCCUCGAGGGCUACAGCAUAAAUGUGACCAAGACGUACAAGAAGCACCGGCGGUGCAAACCAAAGCGGCCCCUGGCCACGCCCACCGAGCGCACCGCACCGCCGCCCGCGUCCGACCUCAGCGAGCUGCCGGUGCUCCACGAGCUGGACAACAACAACAUCAUCGAGGGAGCGGCGCGGAGCAGUCGCAGCUCGGCGACCGACGUCCACGGCCUGAGCCGCGGGAGCGGGCGCCACUUCAUCAGCUGCCUGCUCUGGCUGGGCGCCUCGUCCUGGUGGCUCCUGCUGAUGCUCAGGACGUGAGGGGAUUGAAGGGGGCGAAGCAGCAGCAGCACCACAGGCACCACCGUCUCAAUACACUAAACUAACCAUACAGCUACAGUACAGAUGCAGUACAGAUCAGUGAAAUGCGAAAGGCGAAAAUAGGGUACUGAAACAGCAAACGCAACUCAACUACAGCUCUCUCUAACUACAAAUGACAUCUCUUAAUCCUACUACAGCUACAGCUACAGCUACAGAUACAGCUACAGAUACAGAUAAAGAUACAAAUAGAAGCAGAAUGAACAUGCGGAAAAGAGGAAACCAUGAAAUAUUCAUAAUAAGCUAGCGUAUAACAGCUUUUCCAGGCCCCAAACUCCGUACACCUGCUAGUCCCUGACGCCCAUUUAUUUAAGCUUCUCCCUCCACAGUUUUGUUGAUUUUGUUUUAGAGUUUUAGUAAAUUAUUGAUGAUUUUUUUAAGUAGUCUAAGCAAAAAGAA